AUGGGAUACACAAAGCAAGAUAACGAAAUAUUCGGGGAGUUGCAGUUUAACCGUAUAACGUGUGACUCUCCGUAACGUCUUUUAGCAAAAUGUGCAAGUAAUAACUAGAAGAAUAGGCAAAUAAUCGAUCUAUUUGCCCAGGCUGCUCCGUGUGUGCAGGACUAGCUCCAUUUGUCAUUUACCCUGACGAAAGGAAACUGACGUUUGCUAUGUUUCAUUGUAAGGAAUCGUUAAUCUAAACAAGCCUGCCCUGCUACCGACAGGCACUUAGCACCUGUAAGAUUCAUAUGCCUGUCUAUAACUCCCAGGACUAAACCUACCUGGCAAAGGUCAAGGAGUUGAACUGGUAGCUCGCCAUUUCAAUGAGAAUGCAUAAUCGCCGUGAAGAUUCAGGCUGUUGUAGCCGCAUCUUUUUAAAAUCCAUUAUGGUCGUCUUCAACAUAUUCUUCUGGUUGAGUGGCAUAGCCUUCCUUCUCAUUGGGCUUGGCAGUUUAUUUAUGAGGCAUGGCUACAUAAGUCUGCUGAACAAUCAGCUCUUCCCAAUCACAACCUACAUAUUUAUAGGCACAGGGGGUUUAAUUUUGUUGAUGGGUUGUGUGGGCUGUAUAGGAACUGUCAGGGAGGUUCGCUGCUGCCUCAUUUUUUUUUCAUUUGUACUGAUGGCAGUUUUUCUGCUAGAAACCUGUGUAGGAGUGUUGGCUUAUAUGUAUGAAAGUGCAAUACAUGAGGAGUUAGCAAGGAAUCUCAAUAAAACUAUAAGUGAAAAGUAUUCUGUAGAUAAUGACGUUACAAUAGCUGUUGAUAAUAUGCAAUCACAGUUCCAUUGUUGUGGGGCCACAUCCAGCAGUGACUGGGAGUUCUCAAAGUGGAGCAUGCAGAGAAAUGAUACCAGGGUGUUCCCUACAACAUGUUGUAGCCUGACCAAUGCCACCUGCACUCUUGCUGGUGUCUACACUGAGGGAUGUGUAGACCAUCUGGAAAAAUACGUAAGAUUUCACCUCAUUCUUAUUGGAGGGGUUGGUCUUGGACUGAGCAUUCUGCAACUCUUUGGAAUUAUUUUUUCCUGUUGUUUGGCACAGAAAAUCAAAGAAGAAAUUAACUUGUAACCAGCUUUAAUCAGGACCUGUAACCAGCUGUAUUCAGGACUUGUAACCAGCUGUCAUCACAUCCUGUAACCAGCUGUAGUCAGGACCUGUAACCAGCUGUGGUCAGGACCUGUAACCAGCUGUAGUCAGGACCUGUAACCAGCUGUAUUCAGGACUUGUAACCAGCUGUCAUCACUUCCUGUAACCAGCUGUAGUCAGGACCUGUAACCAGCUGUAGUUGGUUUGUGCCAUUUGUAGUCAAGAUUUGUGCCAGAUACAGUUUGGGAUUUGUAUCUGAUGUAUCCAGGAUUGGUUGCUGCUGUAAUAAGGAUUAACUCUGAAAGGAUUCUACUUGUAUAUUCAAUGAGUGAUCACUGAUGGAGUGCCAGAACCUGCAGCUGUAUGACAAAUGUACAUACACUGUUGUUUUUUUUUGGUUGAGUUUUUUGUGUGUGGAUAUAUGGAGUACCAGGCAUAACAGGAAGAAAUCUUGUACUAAUGAAUGACUUUUGAAAUACAAGUUAAAACAAGACAAUCACAUUUUCACUGGAAAGUUACAAGGUGUACCAGAAAUUUAACUCUAGGGAUAACUUGGAGUGUAAGUUAAAC